CCGAAGCGGCAUAGAGUCUUGGAUGACGAAGGCGUCCAUUCCCUUGGGGACCAUUGUGCUUCCGCAGUGAACAACUGCUCAAUUUUCGACUGUUCAACGGCUCGAGUCGGACUUGUCUCACCCGGAACCCAUCCCUCAGUGAAGCCGACUCCGUUGCUUGUUGUUGACGCAUUCACAACCCCUGGGCCCUGCUUGAACGAGCUCUACGUGGCCACAGCGCUCUCCGCCCCCGAACAGUUUGUUGAACGAAUGCGCAGCCACGGCUUUCUUCUUAAAGAUCUAAGCUACACCCGGGGUUGAGCGCUUUAGGGUUAGACGGAGAGAAGUAUUAGAACCAUACGCUGAAGUUGGAUCGUUUUGUUAUUCCCAUACUCCUGGAGAAAAGGGAAACUACAACAUCGUCACCUCCACUCCACUUCUUAUCGGUUAUCUUAAGCGGCCAGGUCAAUCUACAACACCACCAUCCGAGAUCUCUAGCAAUAGAGACGGCCCUCUGCAAUUCCAUCCCAAGGGGCCAAGAGCCGAAGCACGCUGAAACAACGGCAUUGUGGCUUCGAAUAACAUUGAACUUGCGGAAUCGCGGGACAAAACCCCGAGCCCCGGUCGGCACUCCCAGGACUCAGACGACGAGAUGGUUGGCAACCGCCCCCCAAUGCACCGACCGACCGACGGGCGAUCGCAGCAACCGUUACUCAAGGAUGACCCCCACGGGCGCCUUUCUCGAUCCAGUUUUGGCCAUGACGCGGAACACCGGCCCAUGUUGCACCACACGCGUCGGCCCACCAUUCAGAGUAGAAACUCGGAAUACGACGCUGCCCAAGCGACUCGCAAGAAGUAUAUGAUUGCGGGAGGAUUCCUGCUGUUGAGUCUGGCUAGUUUUGUCGUUCAGACUGAAACUGCUGUAUACAUCCAGCAUGAACUGCAUUGGGACAAACCAUAUUGCAUGCUCUAUAUCACCCACGGUUCCUGGGCACUGCUCUGGCCCGUCCAGCUUCUCAUACUGCGAAUCCAAAAGCGAAAGCUAUCAUGGGAAGCAUUCUGGCGCCGCCAUGUCUUCCUCAUCAAAACCACCGCUCAAAUGGUUGAAACCCAAGAUGUACACCUGUCCACUCGCGACUCUCGCCGCUCGCCAAUCCCGUACAUGUUGAAGACGACUGCAUUUGUGACUACCGCGUUGACGAUAGCCGGCGGUUCAUGGUACGUUGCCGUUAAUUUGACGACGGCCAGCGACCUGACAGCUAUCUACAACUGCUCUGCCUUCUUCGCCUACGCCUUUUCGAUCCCCCUCCUCAACGAGAAGCUGCGGUUCGACAAGGUCUUCUCCGUUUGUGUGGCAAUUAUCGGUGUCCUCGUCGUCGCUUACGGUGACCGACCCGAGAAGAAGGUCUCCAAGGGAGGCACUACUGGUGCCGAGGACCAAGAAGCCCAGAGCAGGCUCCUGGGAAAUAUCGUCAUCGGUGUCGGCAGUAUACUCUACGGUCUGUACGAGGUGCUCUACAAACGCUUUGCCUGUCCGCCGGAGGGAACUAGUCCCGGUCGAGGCACCAUCUUUGCCAAUUCAUUUGGUAGCAUGAUUGGGUGUUUCACACUUACAGUACUGUGGAUUCCCAUUCCUAUUCUGCACAUGCUAGGCUGGGAGACCUUCCGUAUCCCAACGGGCGAGGCGGCUUGGAUGCUGCUAAUUUCCGUUUGUGCCAAUGCCACUUUCUCCGGGUCCUUCCUGGUCCUAAUAUCUCUCACAUCUCCCGUCCUAUCAUCCGUCGCCGCCCUUUUGACAAUUUUCCUCGUCGCGAUCGUCGACUGGUUCCGCACGGGUCAACCCCUCUCUUUCGCGGCCAUCAUCGGCGGAAUCCUCAUCAUGGCGGCAUUCUUCCUAUUGAGCUGGAGCACGUACCGUGAAAUGAGCGAGGAGCGCAGAAAGCAUCUGGAAAAUGACCAGGUCGAGUCCGAAAGCGAUGAAUAGAUCUUUCGCGUCGGAGAUUGAGUGGUAUAUCCUGUUAUCGUCUACAUCUUGUUAGGAGUUUAAGGAGUGUUUGUAUCUCAAGUUGGAGCUUGUAUAGCUACCCAUCUGGGCUUGGAUCCUUUUCAAUCGUUCAUAUCUUUUUUCGUUUCGUUUCCUUUUUCGACGAGCGGCUUACGUACUCGAUACUGCCGUGGAUUGUGGAUAUUGCAUUCAGACUAAAUGGUAGAGACAUGCCAUUCGUCUCUUUGAAUAGAAGGUACAGAGGAUGUAUAUGUCGAGGUAUAGAAUAUCACAAGAAGUGACCGCGCUAUACAUACGUACUUUGUUUAACUUUGAAGAUUCCUUU